ACACACACUCACACUCACAACCGCACGCAGCGAGGCUCGGGAAGUCAGGCCGGCUCCUUGCCCCGGUGCUUCGGUGACUCCAGCAGGCCGGGUGUCCCAGGGGGCCCGCAGCUCGGCCCGCCGCACAGCCCGGGAGCAGGAGCAGCUCGGCGGACCCCCGUGCCUCCAUGGGCAAACGCGGGCGGCCGCGCAAGGAGGCGCGCUGCGAGGGCGCGGGGCUGGUCCCCGUCGCGCCCCUGGCCAUGCCCCCGGCCGCGGCCGCGCCCCAGCCCCCGGCGCAGCCCGAGGAGCCGGCGGGGGCCAAGCCCCGGUGCCCCUUUUCGGACAUUUUCAACACCAGCGAGAACUCGAUGGAGAAGCACAUCAACACUUUUCUGCAGAACGUGCAGAUUCUGCUCGAGGCAGCCAGCUACCUGGAGCAGAUCGAGAAAGAAAACAAAAAGUGUGAACAUGGCUACGCCUCAUCAUUCCCCUCCGUGCCGAGCCCCCGGCUACAGCAUUCGAAGCCCCCACGGAGGUUGAGCCGGGCACAGAAACACAGCAGCGGGAGCAGCAACACCAGCACUGCCAACAGAUCUACACACAAUGAGUUGGAAAAGAACCGACGAGCUCACCUUCGCCUGUGUUUAGAACGCUUAAAAGUUCUGAUCCCGCUGGGCCCAGACUGCACCAGGCACACGACACUCGGUUUGCUCAACAAAGCCAAAGCACACAUCAAGAAACUUGAAGAAGCUGAAAGGAAGAGCCAGCACCAGCUUGAGAACUUGGAACGAGAACAGAGAUUUUUAAAGCGGCGACUGGAACAGCUGCAGGGUCCUCAGGAGAUGGAGCGGAUACGAAUGGACAGCAUUGGAUCAACCAUCUCUUCAGAUCGUUCCGAUUCAGAGCGAGAGGAGAUGGAAGUGGAUGUUGAAGGCACAGAGUUCUCCCAUGGAGAAGUGGACAGCAUCAGUACCACCAGCAUCAGUGACAUUGACGACCACAGUAGCCUGCAGAGUAUUGGGAGUGACGAGGGUUACUCCAGUGCCAGUGUCAAACUCUCCUUCACGUCCUAGAACCCAGCAUGACACGACAGUGCAGGGCGAAGCACUCACUGGGCCAAUUCAAUACCAUCUCUCAAAUUGGGUUCAUGAUGCAGUCUCUUAAAACUAAAAACUAUACUUGAACAAAAGGGUCAGAAGACCUGUAUUUAAGCAAAUACUUAACAAAAAGUGGGGUAGAGCCUCCCCGGUAGAACAAAUAUUCCUCUGUUUGGAAAGAACACAGUUUCUAACAGCGGCAAACACGCGUGCGAUUAUCUUGAGUUGACUUGGUUGACUUAAGAGACAACGGAGACUUCAUUCUCCUGUUCUAGUUUGCUCACUCUGUGUUGAGCAGACAUUUAAGGAUAGGGUUAUGAACCCUUCCUGAGCUUCUUGGCCCUAGAAACAAAAUCAAACUUAGAGUAAGGAAAAGACAGGAUAAUCAGGCAUUAAUCUUAGAUAGCUAAAGAGCUAUUAAAACUCAGCCUCUGUUUAUCAUGAAGCCUGUGGAUGAUCAAUUCUUUUUUUAAAAAAAAUGAAUUUUUAAAAAGCUCAUAUCGUGCUCUACAAAAGGAGAGACUCCCAUGAAGCCUUUUGAAAGGGAUCACCAUGCAGCUCAGCUUUCUGUUGGAUUCCAUGCUAAGCCAGCUAACCUUACCUGCAUUGUUAGCACUAGAGCAGCCAACCACCCGCUCGCCCACCACCCUUCGGCAACGUAGGGGCAGCCCAUGCAUGACAGCCUGAAUCACAGGAGGAAAAGCUCAGUGGGCCUCGGUGUCUACGUGGGUGGAUCUGAGGAGCUGUGCACGCAAUAUAGCAGGCCAAGGUCUGAGCCACCGCAGCGUUUUUAUUUGAGAUUUUGAUAACUGUUUGUAUGUGUUGAAAACCAAAAUGACAUCUUUUUAAAGCUUGUCCAUAAGUAAACAUAGAUGUCUUUUAUAGUGGAAUAACCACGUGGGGAAAUCAUCUAUUUUGAUGCAGCAUUUGAUAACGAUAAACACCUCACGCCUCACUCUUCACAGUAUGCAGGACUGAGGUCUGGGCUGGGUAGACGGAGGUCAAUGCUGUUUUUGUUUUCUUUAGGACCACUCCCCUUUACCAGCUUUUAACCGUCUGAUAUCCAUAGUAGGCACGCUACCCUAGUUAACAUAGUUACGUUCAGCACUUCUCAUUUAAUGUAAAGAUUCACAUUUCUACAGGCAUUUCCCCCAGUCCCACUGUGCAGGUGCUAUUGUUGCUCUGACAAAUACCUUCACAAAUGUUACCUUCUAAGUGACUUUCUAGCCUGCACUCUGACGUCAUGUGCUCCCUCUGUCUUUCAAACUCUGUGGUUUUCCCUCAGGGCCACUGCUUUGCCCUUGGGAAGCCUUUCUGGAGACCUUACCCCAAGCUGUUUGGACUUUGUAUUCUUUAAAUAAUUUAACUACCCUUAAUUACUUAAAAAAAAAAGCUUUAUGAUUUUCAUAACUUAUUGCUGAUUUUAAUGGGUUGUUAAUUUCAGUCCUGUAGUUUUAUUUUAUGUUUAGAUAGGGCUGGGCAAGGAAAAAGAAAAUAAAAACAACCAUAUUUAGCAGUGCA